GUAAGCCUAUGAUAGCAGAUUCGGGGCAAGCGUAGCGAGUUGGUAUCAAAGGCACGGCUAUGUAGGCUUUAGAGCUUACUUUUUUGAAGCUUGUUUCCGGAGCGCGGUGCCACAACUUGAAGGCAUGUGACGAGCUCAUAAAACCCCAAAGCAGAACGCGAUGGCCUUCUCCACCUAGCCCCACAAUGGAUACACUGUGAUCAUCGGACUGACAGGAUAUCAGAAUUUCAGCAAAGCUACAGAUGCAAGAGUUCCUAAGUGGCCCCCCAAGCAACAACCCUCUAAAUAAGCAGACUAGGCUUCAAGAAGAAGUCCCAACACUGGCAACUCCCUAAGUGCAAGGGGCUCAGAUGGCGCCCUCCCGAGGACGAUGCGACAUGCUUCCUUUUGCUAUUCUCUGGCGCACGCUCUUCAUUUGGCUUGCACUCCUGAUUUGCAUCACCGCAGGAUCAGAAACUGGGGAAGAGCUCUUCUGCGGAACAUCUUUGAUGCAAGGCUUCCGGGACGCAAUGGAGGAUAGGGCCCUGUGCAUAGACGUUAUUACAAUCCCGCUCGCUAAAGUGUGUCCACCUCUAUCAGAGUCAGACUCUGAUCAAGAAGCCGGAAGACAAAGAUUAGCUGAGGCUGGGGGAGCUGAGUCUGGCAAACUAGACGUAAGAGCUUUCGCAGUCUUCGACGGUCACGGGGGAGCUCAAGCCAGCGAGUUUGCAGCCCGGCACAUCCGACCGGUUCUCGAAGCAGAGCUAGUGGCUAACCUUGCGCAAGACAAGAAGCUCUGCAGCCUGUUCGAAAACGACUUAUCCGUAGAGCAGCUCCUGUCCGAAAGGACCCUGUCGAAAGGAGGGGCGCAUACACUGGAGAGCCUGAGCAAGGCUGUCGAGAGGGCGCUACUAAAGUUGGACACUGAGUUUCAGACUUUUGCAAUGUCGGAAGGGAUUGAUGCUGGGACCACUGCGUGUGUGGCAGUCCUUGUGGGGAACAGGUGGCUUCAGGUAGCAAACGUGGGAGACUCCCGUGCCACUCUCUGCUCCACCGCUCCUCCAUCAGGCUGCCCUUCCCGUUGCCCCGCCCCGACCCGCCGCGGGACCCGCAAAAAGCGGAAUUGCGGCUUGUGUGCCCAAGACCUGACGUCAAACCACCGCUUCGACCGGCAAGACGAGAUCGACCGGGUGCGCGCAUCCGGGGGGGUCGUUUUGGCUGUCAACGGCGUCCCCCGCCUGAUGGGCGUCUCGAUGCUGAGCCGCGCGAUUGGCGACCUGGACUUGAAACCGUACGGAAUGAUACCGGAUCCGGAGCUGUCUGAAUGGAUCGACAUCAGCGAUUCGGACGUCAGGUUCUUGGUGCUGGCGUCAGAUGGGGUGUACGAGGACAUUCCGGGGGGCCAGUGUGUGUGCGAUCUGGUAGCAAGCAUCGAGGGCGGUUCUGACGAUUCUGGGGGGGAAGUUAGGCGGCCAGCCAUACCCCUGAGGCCGUCGGACUCGGAGAAGGGGGGGUGGGUGAGGACGGAGAGUGAGACGAGUCUACAAGCGGAUGCAGCCCCCGACCAGGAAAAGCACCAUAGUGGAACCAGAGCCAACCUAAAAGCUCCUGAACCGGGCGUCCCAGUAGGCCAGCGUCCAGAAGUCGACGGAAGGGCGCUUCUGCCCGGGGCAAUUGCGGAGAAGCUGCGGGACGUAGCUUUCCAAAAGGGAAGCAUGGACAACAUUGCCGUGGUCGUAGUGGAUUUGCACGCGAUAAGCGAUGCCGCCAAAGACAAAGCGGGGACCAAGAACGAGAGCCGGGAGCAACUUGCCGAUCUGGGCGCGUCCGCUGAUGGCGCCACCGGCAAGCGGGGCAAUGAUGUCAGCGAGCCGGGUGCUGACGUCAGCAAGCGGGGCAAUGACGACGGCAAGCCGGACGACGUCGUCAGCAAUGAGCCGAACCCCGUUCCGACGAAACGCCUGGACGAGGAAGCGGUAACAGAAGAGACGGCUGGACGGGCGAUAGCCCAGGUCGACGAUUCGUCCCUCGUCGAGGCCGGGGGUUUCAAGGUUUACAUAAGCGGGCAGGUCGUAUAUGGGGAGGGCAGCGACUGGUGCUAUCAGCUGGUCGAACUGGUCUCCGGCUUACGGGCCCUCCCCGCCCCAGACACCAGCAUUGUUGCUGUCCCAAGCAACGUACGACCCCCCCAAGAGGAGCCUGUUCACACCGAGCAGGGGCCGUUUCGCACCAAGGCGUUCGCCCCUUCCCCGUCUUUCCCUGUUUACACUGGGGGCGUCCACGCCGAGCACGUUCACACCGAGCCCGUUCCCACCGAGCCCGUUCCCACCGAGUCCCUCCCCGUCUGCUCUGCUCUCGAGGCGCCCGUUCACACCGGCGAGGCGCCCGUUCACACCGCGGAAGAUUUGCACCCGAUUCCGCUCGGCCUGAAUUCUCCGGACGGCGACAUCGCCCUUCCCCAGUCGCCGUCCCCUUGGGCGACCACCCUCGAGCUGUACCAUCGGCACUUGGUCGCCACGAUCGAUCCAGGACUCGGGAUCUCAAGCCGAAUACGCGCUUCAAUUCCAGAUGGUUCCCAAGCGUUGGAUGGACUGGGCACUUUUCUCGAUAUUGUGGCCUCGGUUCCCGUUGAACCGGGGGGCUGGACGGAGUCGCGCUCAGACUGGAAGAGGCCCCCGGGGGAAAGCACCGGGGAGGAGGUCGGGGAGGAGUGGACGCCGGCGGGCGUGCAGCGGGAGGAGGGCGACCACAGGUAUCGAUACCUGCUCCGAAACAACUUUGCAAAGGGCUCCUUCGGCGAGAUUUGGCGCGCCGUUCGCGUGCCGGACAAGUCUGAGAACCACGGACGCAGGUGCCGGUAUACGGACGCGAGGAGCACUUCAUCGGACUUCGAUGGAGAGGAGGGAAAAAAUUGCCAUGGGGAUGCGGGAACGCUGUUCAUCCUCAAGCGGCUGCUAGUGGAAAAGGGCGGGGAGGUACGCCUCAGCGGUCUGCGGGAAAAGUUCUUUGGGGAGAUGCUGAUGAACGCGAGCGCCACGUGGCAGCACGAGCAGACGACAGCUCACGCCGAGCCAAGCGCGAACCCUGGAAGCGGCGGCACGCAGGCCCAGGGUUCGGGCGGCGAUUACUCGCACCUGGUCAGGUACAUAGAUUCCUUUGAGAUGCACUCGGGCCGAGAGCUGUGGCUGGUCUUCCGCGACGAGGGGAAAAGCCUCCGGGACUGGAUGUACGACAGCCCGGCCCCGUCCGGCGACCGUCCCGGCCUGGGCGUGGUUACACCGUCCGCAUGGUGGCGGUGGCUGCGUACGGACGUCCGCGGGCGGCAGGAGAUGAAGAGCAUCAUGUGGCAGCUCCUGGCCGCGCUGCGCACCUGCCAUCAGCAUGACGUCACGCACAGGGACGUCAAGCCGGAUAACCUUCUGUUGGUAACCCGCCCCGCACACAGCGCAUCGGACCCGUCCGCCUGGCAACAGGCGUCCAAUCUGAGCCUGCGCCUCAUCGAUUUCGGCAGCGCGUGGAGCCCCGCCGCUCACCACCUCUACGGUGCGCACGGCCCUUCCAGGUUACAGGAGACCCCGGAGUACUCCCCCCCCGAGGCGCUGUUCGCUCAGGAGCCCUGGCUGCCACGGCGACCGGACAAGGCCGCCAAGUACGACAUGUGGAGCGCGGGCGUUCUUUUUCUCGAACUUCUGCUCGGCAACCCCCACGUCUUCCAAGUGUCUGCACGCACACGCGCGCUCUUGGAGCGCCACCUGGCAGGCUGCCGCGACGCCACGUGUAAGGAGCUGGCGUACGUUCUGAGGGCCUUUCUGGAGCUGUGCAUCUACCCCCCCGCACCGAUGGCGGCCCUUUUUCCGCCUUCCACGGAAACUGGACGGACGGCGGAAGAUGAGAAACCACGAAGGGCGCGCCAGGUGGGUUCAAGUGCGCGGCAUGCGGCCGCGAGUUUGAGUCCAGCGCGCAGUGCCUCGCGCAUUCGGCUGCCCUUCACCACAAAGAGAUCAGUCCACCGACCCACUGUACUUGACGGAGGGCAAAAUGCUGCAUACGCUGCGGGAGUACGUCACAUUCACACAGCACUCGCGACUUCAAGAUGA